CCAAUGGCUUUGCACUUGCACAUUAGUGAUCUUGUUUCAAUGCCCCGUUGCUUCAGAUUACUUGUGUGUGCAUUCCUUCUAUUCAUCUCAACCACCCUUGUUGUUCAAGCAGCAUCUGAUUCUGUAGCAAGAAACUCCACCACCAAUACUACCCUGCUCAAUGCCUCCAAAAAGUUCAUACGAAACCAGUGCAAUUCAACUGCCACUUACCCAAAUGUUUGUUACAACUCUCUCUCCCCGUACGCAUCAAAAAUCAAAUCCAACCGUUUGAUACUCACCAGAGUCUCUGUUCUUCUGGCUCUGAAAGCAGCAAGAGCUUCAUCUAGGGUAAUGACAAGGCUAUCCAAGUUGAACACCCUGACACAUGAUGAGACCUUGGUCGUUGCUGAUUGCGGAGAGAACAUUGAUGACACAGUGGAUCUGCUUGAGCAAUCUGCUGAUGGCAUUUUGCAUUUGAAUGGCACGAGAACUAAUGAGGAUAGAUUUCAAUGGGAUGACAUAAAGACAUGGAUGAGUGCGGCCAUAACUGAUGACUAUACAUGCACGGAUGAGUUUCAUGAAAUGGAAGUGCGGCCUUCAGUGCAGAAGAUGAUCAAAACCAGUGUUGAUUAUGCGGAAUGGAUGACUAGCAAUGCCUUGGCUUUCGUAAACAGGCUUGCCUACUAAACAUGUUUGGUUCUGUGGUGGAAUGUCCUAUAACCACUAGGAAGAAGCUACUAAGUGUAACUUCUGGAGUUACCGUGGUUUGAAUUGCGUGUUGCCACCAUUCCAAACAUACUGAGAAACAAACACUACUGUUUCUAGCUAUAUGUCAACUGUAUACAUAUAUAGGCCCUUGCUAUCUAGGGAUCAUUAGUUGUGUUGUGCUGGUUAGCUUUUCCAUAGGCUACCAAGGUUAAGGUAAAUUUCUUGCUGUUAGCCUGUUUGUUACUGCAUGAUUCAUAAGUUAAUCGAAUACCGAAUAUUUCAA